CCAUGGAAGAAACAACGAACAUCUCUCUUGGCCAUAAUGGCUGGUUCGAUGAUACGACUAUGCCAGCUUCUACACUAUGGCAUUUUCACCCAUCCCUUAAUUCCAUUAUUAUUUUCUGCGUCCAACUUUUGUUGUCCGUGAUGACCAUCGGCAUGAACCUGUUGAUUCUGAGGGCGUUUCACAUCGAUAAACGGUUGCGUACCUACUCCAACCAGUACAUCCUAAACAUCACCAUCUCUGAUCUCCUAGUGGGGUUUGUUAUGGCCAUUCGGUGCUCAAUUAUCCUGUACGACACAUGGAUCUUUGGGGAUGCCCUCGGAAUCAUAUUUAUUGGUGUCCAGAAUAUAGUUCUUGGAGUAUCAGUCCUGGGAAUUAUUGCUAUUUGCUUGGACCGUUACGUUGCGACACAUCACCCAAUUCGCCACUUCCAACGUAAGAAAAAUAGAGUAGCAUACAUGGUUAACGCCAUUAUCUGGAUGGUGUCAUUGGCCUUUUGGUUACCAAUUGCGGUGAUCUGGGACUUUGUCCAACCACCUCCAGCGGAGGAUGAAAAUUACCCCUUUGCUCCUAAUUACAGUAAAUACAUUUACUCUGCUGUGGCACUUGCAGUUUGUAGAUUGGCAAUUCCAUUUAUCAUCAUCGCAACCAUUUAUCUGAAGAUUUAUAUCCGAGUAAAAGGGUCGGGAAGCAAGUAUCUGUCAGAUAGAUUCGAGUUAAAGGCAAAAGAGGAAACAAGGGAAACAAGAGGAAAUACUGUUGCGACGAUACAAUUUUCACAAAGUGCAAAAACUGCAUGGCAGACUAUGAGGAUCACAAAAGUGCAAACGACAACGGAGUCGACGAUGCCAAAGAUAUAUACAGUCGGAAAGCUUCUUCAAGAAGACAACCUUUUACGUUAAAUGAUACCGCCGUUCUGCGACAAAACAAUGUCCACUCGAGUUCAGUUAAUCAACUAGAAAAAUCAGGCAACGCCACAUCAAUGCCAUCACGUUCAAAGGGCUUCUCCAGAAGCCAAAAAGAUCGCCUUUCCACUCGUGACAACCACAAGAUCAUGCGGACACUGACCUUCAUCACGGCUGCCUUUUUCAUUACUUGGCUACCCAACAGUAUUAACGUUAUCUAUAUCUAUGUGGCGUCCAACAAUGUGGUCUUUACUGAAAUUUCUCGCUGGGUGACUUACCUCAACAGCCUUAUUAACCCGAUCUCCUAUGCUUUGGCUCAGCCUAUUUUUCGUGAAAACAUUCUAAGGAUUCUGAAAUUUCGACGAUAACAAAGAAGACCAGCCACAUCAAAACCAACAAGAUCUCAAGAAAUGUUUUUUUUUAUAUCGCAAAAAUAAUGAAUUUGUCUUCAAAAAGCCAAAUUAGGAAAUUUUUACUUAUGGGUGUGAUUUUUCUUGUUCAUGCUGUUAAAAUUUAAAGUUAGAAAGUUGAAUAAAAGACAAGAUAUAGUGGAUUUUUUUGACACUAUAAUUUGCGAACUGCAUUGUCCACAUCUCACGCUUGAGAGAACCCGGAACGUCAAAACUUGUUUCAUCCUUCUUUUUGUAUUUGCUUUUUAAGAGAUAUCUAUUAGGUUGUUGAUCAAUUUUGACAAGUUAUUUUAAAGCUUAGGAUGUAUUUUUUUAAGCUAAGAAAUACUUUUCGAAAUUGUUGAUGUUGGUUUUGGGGGUGUCUGUUAUCCAAUUUUCUUUUCUUAUGCUUAAAUUAGAUGGCGUAUGAUGGGGAUGGGCUUCUUUAGCUAUAAACCCCUAUAUGUUAGCAACCACUGUAUAUUUGGUGACUGGUAGGCCUAUCGUGUUUUCGGAAAACCAUAAUCUUUAUCAUAAAUUUCCUUCGAGGAGAUAUCCA